AUGGCGCAGGAGAGUCUCACGCUUCAACAGCUCGUCGAUUACCUCUGCUGCCAUAUCGAGGAGAAGGAUGUGGUCUUCUGCAUGUUCCGCCUCAAGCAGCUCGACAGCAAGGGACUGCUCAAGCCGUGGACGGACAUGGAAGGCUUGUUGACCAAACGUGCGUUCUGCGAACUCGUGGAAGCGCCAUCCCCCAUCGUCGAGGCUGUCAUCCACCCCGAGUCGCUGCUCAGCAAAGUCAUCUUCGACAUCCUCUUCUCCUUUUUCCCGGAUCCGAAGGCGACCAUUGCGUACCAAGUCGCGAAGGACGAGGGGAUGAAGUGGGCGGUCGAGAGGAUGGCUUCCUGGGCCAAGGAGGGUCAGAGGCGCGCCAAGACCGCAAAACAGGUCUUUGACCUGCCCAUGGACAGGGUCGUCGAGUGGGUCGCGCAGCAGGAAGGCGUACCUCCCAAGCACAAGCUCACCCAGAACGGCCCUCUUCCGCCUCCUCCUGCCGCUUACAAGCCUGUCCAAGCGGCCGCCGACGCCUUCGACGCUCCGCUCCCUCGUCCUUCGCAGCCAAGUUCCGCGCCUCAAGCCACGGUCAUGCUUCCCAGCCCGACUUCGCAUCAGUCGAGUAGCUCACCGUCGGCUUCGUCAAUCGGACAAGCUGCAGCUCCCGCCGCGCGCCGCCUUCCGACCAGUCAGCCCGGCUUCCUUCCUUCCUCCCAAGUCCACUCCGCUCGCCAGGUCCGCCUGUCAAGCCUCGCCCCAAAGGUCACACUCAACAACCUCUGGGACAAGCUUCCCGCACUCGCCGGACUUGAGGGCAUGGCGUCGGACGGCGCGAACGGCGCGGUGCUGACCUUCUCGAAUCCCGCCGGUGCAACAGGCGCUCUCCAGCGUCUCAAAGGACGCAAGGACCUCUACACCGCGACGAUUGCCGUCGUUCCCGGCCCGCCUGUCGCCAAUCCCUCGAGUCCUCCUCUUCGUAUCGCUCCGCCUGCAUCCGGGCCUCCUCGUCGUCCGCCGCCGCCGCCUGCGGCUCUUCCUCUUCCUCCUAGCAUCCCCGUCAGCGCUCGUCCGCCUCCAAUCCGUCCAGCCAACGCGACGCGCGCGCAUCUUGGAAAUCUGCCCCCGUAUACUCCUCAAGCCAAGAUUCAGGACCUCAUCGACUCGGCGAACGUCCCUUACAGCAACCUCGGGAUCCGCGAUCACCGCCAGCGCUACCUGUCCGCCUUCUUCACUGUCAAGUCGAAAUCCGACUUUGAGCGCAUCUCGGCGGCACUUCACGGCGGCUCGCUCGACCACCACCCGCUGUACGUCGAGCGCGAGCGCCUCCAGAUGCCAAGUCCGGAGCACCCGCGCGUCGUCCUCCAAGGUUUGCCGCCGACCGACCCGGGAGCCGUCCUCCACCACCUCGCGCGGGACACACGUUGCGGACCCUUUGUCGAGAAGGACCUCAAGUUUUCCCCUACGAACGGCGAUUUCGAGGGUUCGUUCAGGGUCCCCUCGCCCGACUCGGCGCAGAAGGCGGUCCAACAGCUUGACGGCAAGUGGGUCGAGGGGAAGAAGCUCGUCGCGUGGUGGGAGAUAGUGCGCGAGCCAGGCUCGAUUCCCGGUUUCCGCCCGCCGCCUACCGCUCCUCCCGGCAACACCAACCUCCCGCAAGGCUUCAUCCCGCCUCCUACCGCCUCGACCAGCUCGACUUCCGGCUUCAUUCCUCCGCCGACGGCGCCCGCUGCCCCCAUGGCGCAGGCUAGCACCUCGCUCGCCUCGAACGCCCACUUCCGCCCUCCUUCGCCCGCUGCCGCCCCGCUCGGCCACCCGCCCGCACAGUCGCCUGGUCCUACAGUCCGCGCAGCCGCUGAUGGUCCAACACGCGACGGGCAGUGUCGGCUUCACGACCGCGAGCGAGAUGGGCGACGAGGACGCGAGUGCGGAGGAGGCGUGGUUGAGCGAGUAUCUGGCUGA